UGAGAAUAUUUGAAUUCAUCAACUUUUGAUCAUCUUAGACGUCACUCAGCUGCACGUCCUGCUGAACAUGUUGUUCUGAUGUUGAAGCAGCUCUGCACAGCAUAAAGUGAUCAAACAGCAAACAUGUGGACAGUUAGAGGAUGAUUUUAUAUGUCAGCAUAACAUCAUUCAUUUGAAUUCUUUGUGUCUCAACAAGGACGAAAAACUGAAAGAAGUUCAGAGCUUGAAGGUUGUCAGAGCAUGACGCAGGACUCCAGUGAUUGGACUAAACUUGAACCUGAGGUGAACAGUACAGAUGCAGACGAGGCUCCAACUUACAGCCUUCAGUCUGCAGCAGGACACUUUGAAUGCAGAGUCUCGGGCUUGCGCUGGGUCUGUAAGGGAAAGACCAGCUUUCAGUACCAGUUUCGAUCUUGGGAGGGACACAUGGAGAGGAUGGAGAGCAGACAAUACAUGCCUGCAGGUCCUCUGAUGGACGUCACAGUCACUGCUGGGAAGUUAAAUGAAGUUCACCUGCCACACUGGAUCUGCAUCGAUGCCAUCCCUGACAUAUUGGACAUGUUUGCAGUCGUUCACAUAGAUGACUGUGGAGAUGUUGUGGAAAAAGUGUCUGAGGUCACACCAUCACAUGUCAAGUUAACUGAACCAAAUUUCUCGAUAAUAGCGGCUCUGAUACGUUUCAUAUUUCCUCCAAAAAUCAGCUGUUACAUGUUGAUGUACUAUCAACUCAACACAUCAUUCCUCAAACUCCACGUCUAUCUGAUACGACAGGAUCCUGCUCUGGAACAGAGAUUUGACGACAGAGAAUCCUGUGAGGGAUUUAAAAGAAUCCGAAAGCAUCAUCCAGACAAGUACCUGCAAACUGAGCGUCUUUUCAGUCUCAGAGCCGACAACGCAAGUGCAAAGAUCCAACCGAAGGCGUUAACCCUCAGAUACAAUAACCAAAACCUCUAUGAGCUGUACAUUAAGAAUCCAGGCAGUGAACUCAUACUUACACUCCUGCACACUGAACCACUUGUUGGUGAACCUGAUGACCCACUUUGGAUCUGUGAAAUUCGAAAAGAAGAUGACCAUCCAGAGUCUGGUUAUGUCAAAGAGAAACACUCUGUGGAUGAAGAUCUCUCUGCACAGAUGCAGAAAACAUUAACAGUCCACUCAGACAGAGAGAAGCUUUUGGGAAUGUUGGAAGAUCUGAAAAAGGACGAGCUUGAAAAGUUCAAGUGGUUCCUGCGGGACCGUGAUGUUUUGGUGGAGCUCCAACCCAUCCCAGAGAGCCGACUGGAGAAGACCAGCACCUGUAACCUGGUGGAUCUGAUGUUGCAGACCUACACAGAAAAGUCUGUGGAGGUGACCAAGAAGGUUUUGAAGAAAAUCACGUCAAGUCUACAAAAAGAAAACCACUUUGUGGAUAAACACAGAGUGGAGCUGAUCCAGAGAGUGAGCAACAUCGAGCCGAUUCUGGAUGAGCUCCUGAAAGAAAAAGUUAUCCAGCAGGAAAGUUAUGACAGAAUCAGAGCUCUGCAGACCUCUCAGGAAAAGAUGAGGGAACUCUACAGCGGUCCCCUGAAAGCUGGCAGUGCCUCCAAAGAUGUCUUCUACCAAAUCCUUCAGACACACGAGAGACUCCUUGUUAAUGACCUCUGCUGAAAGAACGUUUGCUGAAAUCCAUUUUGUGUUCUACAGUUAAAGUAUUUACAAAAGGGAAAUGCUGACAUUAUGUCUCUGGGUUUCUCAUAUAAACAUAAGAAAUAUCUGACUCUUUGUUUUAUGCUUUAAUAUGACAGUGGGCGGUGAGAGGAAUAGAAAUAUUUUCCUGCUAUUAUUUGCUGCUAUUUUGAUAAUCAUCAUUACCGUUUCAUGUUAAUAGUGAUGUUGCUUUCACAGAUGCAUUCAGAUGUUCAAAUAUAUUGGUAUUAUAUCAGUCUUUAUUACAAGUCCAGUUAUAACCACUUCGAACUGUUGAGUUGAAUAUAUAAUUUUAAAUGCUUUUCUAAUGCUUCGAUAAUCUUAAAAGGUUUCUGUGUAGACUGCAGGGACAGGAAGUUACAUGUGUUUGAAGUUGCAGGCUUCUGCAGAAGUGAAACCGAAAGCAGAGCGAGCGCAAGCCAAAGAAUAGGGUGUUUAUUCAGUAGAUUACAUAUAUAGUUCCAGUUAGGUUAUUAUAUGUAGGGAUGAGCCUCUGUUCUGGUGAAAGGUCAGAAGUGUAACGGGUGGGAUGUGAGAGCAUUUAAGGGCG